GUUAAAUAGUCAGCUGGUGAAAACGCCUGUGCUACCCCAAGAACAGCAGUGAUGGAAGAGAAUUUACUGGAAAUCACUGCAUCAGGGACAUACAGGAGAGAGGCUUCUGUUUCAAGUGUCCUUGGAGCACCCUUUCUGACAGAAGAAUCAGCAAAUCAAUUCAUACGGCUCAAACGACACAUCCUAUAUUCUCCGAGCUACUGGGACUCAAGCAGCAGCCAGAACACGUGGGGAUACAGACAUGUGGCUGAACAGGUUAGUGAAUCGUGGGCAGCCUUGAAAGAAACAGCACAAUACUACAUGGACUUGGACCCUUUUGCCUUCGAUCCCUCGACAGCCGUGUUCGAUGGGGUUUCUGAGCAGAGCAUUUCAUAGACUCGGAGCCUGUGUGUACCAAAAAACAAUUUAUUCCAUCUUUUUUAGCAACAAGAUCAGAUCCUACAUGGAGCUACUACAGCAGUCUGGGACUCACCUCCAGCAACAAGCUAUUAAAUCCUACACAUCUUGUAUCUGGCCAUGUUAGGAUAUGGCAUGUUAUGGAUUUGCCAUUAUGUAUUGAUAAGAUGACUUUAUCUCAUCCCACUUGGGUCUAAACCCAAAAUUAAUACAGUAAUUCUCUGCAUAAAUACUGCAUAUUUUAUAUUCAUAUGCAGAACUGAGACAUUGGUCAUGACAAAUUGAAUAAAAAGUUGAAGAAAACCAACUGUGAAAUUCUAGCAGGUUGGGUUUAAAAAUGCCUAGUUUUCUCAGGUAAAACAUUCUUUUGACUAAACAAUUGAAGAUGUAUAUUUCUGCUUCUGUGACUGAAAACCACAUUUUUAUUUCUCAGUAUUUUCCUUUAGCUACAUUUUUGAGAGGCAAAUAAGAAAUGAAAAUCAGUCACUUUGGAUGAGUGAGAGAAGUAGAGCACAUUUGCUUCAGGUGUACUUCUGUAGUUCAAUGCAUUUUCAUUUAUUCAAGUACUAAUAGUGUUGCAGUACACAUCCAUUCAUGUCAGCGCUUCUCUUUCCUCAUUUAAUCUUCUGUACUUGGUCUUGAGUGCCAAAACCCACUGAACUCACAGCUACUACUGUGAGAUGUUUUUUCUUACUCCACAGAGAUUGGAAAUGGUGGAAACAUUCACGGCUCCUUUUCUAAAAAGAAAAUGAUGGUGACAAAUGUUCUUUAUGCCAUGUUCUUGAGCUUGGAAGUUUUCUGUUCAUUAAAACAGUUCAUUAAUGUACUUUAUUUCAAAACAUCUUUGAAGAGAGGAUUAGGCUUCUAUGUUUCUUUUGUAUGUUAUUAAUAUAAUGUUAAUAAUUAAAAGCUCUUUCAAACUUGGCCAAAUUUUUUGCAUGAAUAAAGAUGACCUGUUGAAGAAAACAAAA